CUGACUUUUACUAGUACGGUACAUUUAAACGUAACUGCGCAGCGUGGGACACGCACACGAGGAAGACGCACUCAUCACUUUGUUGUUGUUGUUGUUUUUCCCAAAUCAGUCCGUUUUUUCCCCUGUCCUAUGGGGGACAUGUCUCACGCCCAGUUAUCGAGCAUCGCCAUGGAGAGGCUGGUGGCCAGGAGGACCUUCCCCUUCCACAAGCGCACCGGCGUAUGUCGGAACCUCUUCGGACCGGUGGACCACGACGAGCUAAGCCGGGAGAUGAGCGUCAAACUGCGGGAGAUUUCCGAGCGCGACCGGCAGCGGUGGAACUUUAAUUUUGAGGCCAACACCCCACUGGAUGGAGACUACGAGUGGGUGGAGGUCUCUUCGGACAGCGCCCCGGCGUUCUAUCAAAGCUCGUCAGUGCAGCUCGACGUGCCCGCUACGCCCGUCAAGCUGCACCCGGACGCACUGGAACGUCUGGCCGCACCCGAGGGUAGCGACGGCGCGUCGGUGGAGCUCAACCAGGAGAACCGCGCAGACAAGCUCAACUCCCGGAGGCUGGCCCACAGAAUGGCCCCUUGUGGCGGACGGAAGAGGCCGACGGCCCCCGCGGAUAACACGCACAUCACAGAUUUCUUCGUGAAGCGAAGAAGGGCCGCGGAGAGAAAGUGUGUGGAGGUGAGCCAUCACGCCAAGUCUCCCAUUCCCAUGGAGCAAACCCCCAGGAAGAGGAUCCGCUGAAGGUGGAUUUUUUUGCACUACUACUGCUUGUGUGGGCAUGUUUGAUGGAGGAAGGAAAGAAGAAAAAAGGAGGAGGGGAAGAAUGGACUAUCGCCGGCUCCCCCCCGGUCCCGUGGAUCAGCGCUGGCCGGACACCCAUUGCCGGCCUUUCAGGACUGAACCGGUCGGGCUCUCGGGGUGGGGACGAUGGAGCGUGAUUUUUUCUUUUUUCUAUCCAGUACAAAUGUAGCAUUCAUUGUUGCUGCCACUCGACAGUGUUAACAGUGUUUUAACAUCUGUGCAAUCCUUAAGAAAAAAAAAAAGACUUUAAAUUGUCUACACUGGCCAAAAGUGUACAGCUUUAUAGAAACAACCGCCUAUUAAUGGUUAAUGUGUCGUUGGGUUUUAUUUU